AUGACCAUCUCAAAAGUGAUAUGUGUGGGAGCCGGGCCCAGCGGUCUUCUUUUGGCGUUGAUGCUGGCCAAGAACGGGGUCAACGUCGAACUCUUCGACGCCGACCGAUCGGUCAGCCUGCAACCAAGGGCGGCGCACUACGCGCCUCCGGCCGUGGCGGAACUGAAAAGGGCGGGUGUCUACGACGACGUCUUCGCCGCGGGUUACAUGCCGCGAGAUUUCACGUGGCGGAAGAUGGACAGAACACCGGUCGCGUCAAUGUACUUUGAUGUCAUCACGCCCGAGGAGGACCGGAUGGUGGUGUUGCCACUCGACCGGCUCUGCAAACUACUCUACGAGCACCUCGAGCGUCAGCCCAAGGCGAACGUGCGCUGGAACCACAAGGUGGUCGACAUCGGGCAGGACGAAACCAAGGCUUGGGUCAUCGUCGAGACGCCCGAAGGUCAACAAAGGCACGAGGCCGAUUAUAUCGUCGGAUGUGAUGGGGCGAACAGUCAGGUCCGACGGUCGCUCUUUGGGGACAUGAAUUAUCCCGGCGAGGCCCUGGAUGCACAGAUCAUUGCCACGAAUGUAUACUACGACUUUACCAAGUUCGGGUACUCGGAUACCAAUUACUUUAUACACCCGACCAACUGGCACAUGGUUGCAAAGAUUACAAACGACGGUCUGUACAGAGUCAGUUAUGCAGAAGUUGCAGGUCUCUCGACGGAAGAGUACCUCGCUCGACAACCGAGGAGGUACGAGGAACUUCUCCCUGGAAGUCCGAAGCCAGGAGAGUAUAAAAUCACCAAUAUCAGCCCGUACAAGAUGCAGCAACGCUGCGCUCCGUCUUUCAGAGUGGGCAGAUUCAUUUUGGUCGCGGAUGCCGCGCAUUUGUGUAACCCUUUUGGUGGAUUGGGCCUCACAGGUGGUAUCGCAGAUGUUGGAAGUCUGUUUGACUGUCUUAAUGGCAUCGACAAAGGCCUUGCAACCGAUAAGAUCCUGGAUAAAUAUGCCGAAAUUCGCAAGAAGAUUUGGGAGGAAGUGACCAAUCCAUCGUCGAGGGAGAACUUCAAGCGACUUUCUGAUCAAGAUCCCGAAACAGCAGGAGAGAAGGACCCAUUGUUUGUGUUGUGCCACAAGGCUGAGAAGGAUAAAGCAUUGGCUCGAGAACUGUGCCUGGGGUUGAAUAUUUUGAGACACGAUUUUACUCAGUAUUAUGACAAGGAUGCUUCAAAGAGCACGUAGUUAGUACAGAGUUCUGAUAUGAGAAGUCGUCGAUAGGAG